AUGGCGAAGGAAGCUGAUGCAGCAAACUCCUCUUUAACGGAUGUUCUGGACGACCGCCGCGACUGGAGUCACUACGAGGUUCGCAUCCAAACCAUCGGGACUCGACCUCCGUACGCAACGCUGGCCAAUGGUGAACUAACAGGCCUGGAUAUUGAAGUCUGCAAGGCGGUGUUCGGAAGUGCCCGGAUUCGGUACCGAUUCGUGAUGGCCUCCAACAAACAAAUUACGUACUCAAAUUAUCGUGCCAAAGUUGAACGCGAUCUGGCUAGCAAAAGCAUCGAUAUGAUCAUCUCUCGAGCGAUCUUUGCCAACGCGUUCGCCGAGCAAAUGUACGUGUUCGACAAGAUCGGACUGUGUUUGGUGCUACCGAAGAGCUUGAGCAGGAACGUGGUGUACCACUUGGUGCAUCCCUUUCAGCUCAACAUCUGGCUGCUGAUCCUAGCCGUGUUGUGCCUCGAUCUGCUGCUGGUCCGGUUCUGUCCGAAUACAUUCCCAAACAAUUUGGUGAUGAUCCUGCUGUUUGGUGAUCCAACCCCAGAUCACCGACAUCUCCGCUGGAAGCGGUUCUACUGCUUCGCUUGUACGGUGCUGCUGUUCAUCCUAUCGGAAGCCUACCUGAUCAAGGUGAUCCGCUACAUGACCGUAACGAGGUACACCCCCGAUAUGCGAUCGGUAAAUGAAGUUCUCAAAAGUGACCUGCAGUUCAAGGUUCCAGUUGGUACCAAGCAGCAGAUGGCCGCUGAAAACGCGGUUACAGACAUCCACCUCAACAUGUUGCGGAGGAUGAUUGAGGUGGAGAACUUCCGGUACGAUCGGAUGGACCGCGAGUACGGUUACAUGGUGGUGUGCAGCCUGGGGGAAACUCUGCUCAAACAGCUGAUUAGUCAGGAAAUUGAAGAGUUUGGAUACCGGGCAGCCCGGCGCAAGUUCUACCUGCUCGAAGAAAUGCUCGACUGGAGUUGGAGGUAUUACGCGGUGGCGAAUCACUUUACGUACUACGGAAGAUUGGGGUUGGUGACCAGCUGGAUCAACGAGGCUGGCUUGUGGAACAAGUGGAUGGCGGACUUUGGCACGCGAGUGUCGUCGGACAGGCAGGCGUACGCACUUUGGGACGAGGACAGCAUUCUGGGGCUGGAGGACAUUGCGGCUGUUUGGUAUCUGAUCGGGACGGGUUGGGUCGUUUCGGGAGGGGCGCUGCUGCUGGAGUGGAUCUGGUUUCGGAUGAGGAAAUUGUUGGGCCAGAGAUCAAGAUUUCGAGUUAGCUAAAUUUGCAAAACAAUCAGAAAAAACAUAUUAAAGGCAGUUAAGCAUGCAUCGAAAUGAAUCAUUGUUUUUAGUCUUUUCAGUCUUGUUUAACCGUUUUUCCGCUGUACUACACAGAUUUUAGAAUAUUUUUCAAAUAGUAUUACUUUAU